GGCAUCAGUCCAUUCGCAUCGCCCGCGACGCGAUGCAGCGGGCUUUGCUGCGCCUGCCGCGGCGACGGAGGUUUUGGUCGCUGGCGGUGUGUGCGGCGUGGCCCGCCAGUUCCUGGGUGCCCAGCCUUGCGCCCCGCCGGGUUCUGAGCCGCUGCGUGGCCGCCAAAGCGGAGGCGAGCGAUGGGGAGGUGCCCUCUGCAGAGGUUGUGUUGCAGCAGCUGGAGGAGAGCGGCCUGUUCGAAGGGCAGGAAGAGAUGCUGCUGAGACUUCGUAUGUUGGCAGCACAGGGUGUGCAUCCAUUGGAUGCAUUGCGAGCAAGUCGCCUGCAGGAGGACAGACGUGGGCAGGAGGAGCCACGCGAUGCUGUGUUGGAGUCAUUCGACAUCGAAGGAGUUGCCAAGUACAUGCAAGCCAGCAAGUGCAAGAACGUGGUGGUAAUGUGCGGGGCUGGCAUCUCCACAUCCGCAGGGAUCCCGGACUUCCGAACUCCGGGGAGCGGUUUGUACGACAACUUGCAGCGUUAUAACCUCAGUCAGCCCGAGCUCAUCUUCGACUUGGCUUUCUUUCAAAGCCAGCCAGCCCCCUUCUACGAGCUUUGCAAAGAGCUUUGGCCUGGGACGUACCGGCCAACAAGGGCGCACUACUUCAUCCGCCUGCUGGAGGAGAAGGGCGUGCUGCGACGAUGCUACACGCAGAAUAUCGACUCUUUGGAGCGGCAAGCUGGUCUCAGCCCGGAGAAAGUUGUUGCGGCGCAUGGGAACAUGGAUGAAGCACAUGUCCUCGACUCUGUGCCGGAGAGAAAGGUUGACAUUGAGGAUGUCAGGCGAGCGAUCUUCGCUGGGGAAGAAGGCUGGCAGGCCCUGCGGCAGGCCCACGGAGGUCUGGUGAAGCCGAAGAUUGUCAUGUUUGGGGAAGACCUGCCCGACCGCUUCUGGGAACUGCAGCAGCAGGACUUGCAGGAGUGUGAUUUGUUGAUCGUGAUAGGAACCUCCUUGGUGGUCGAGCCCUUUGCCGGCUUGGUGGGGAAAGCGGCCCCGGACGCCCCACGGCUGCUCAUCAACAGGGAGCCGGCCGGGACCUGCGAGCAGCGCGUUUUCGGCUUCCGCUUCCAGUUGCCAGAGGGUGACAACUGGCGGGACGUGUGGUUUGAAGGCGGUUGUGACGAGGGUUGCCACGCGCUGGCCGCUGCCCUGGGCUGGGGCGAGGAUUUGCAGCGCCUGGAGUCAGAGGCCGAGGCUGAGUGAAUCACGCGUGAG